AUUAUGGGAUUGUAACGUAAACGUUGUUAACGCAUGCGAACUUUCUUUCCUUCCUUUUUCGUUCCUUGUAGCGUUCAAAAUGGGUCAUCAACAAUUAUAUUGGAGCCAUCCGCGAAAAUUUGGCCAGGGUUCUCGGGCUUGUCGUGUAUGCUCAAAUAGACAUGGGUUAAUUCGAAAAUAUGGACUAAACAUGUGUCGUCAGUGUUUUCGGCAGUAUGCUAAGGACAUAGGCUUUGUUAAGCUGGACUAAACGUUCUAAAAAAAACACAUUUUGAAGACUGUAUUUGAAGUUACUUGAAGGCUAGUGUCGUGCAUAAUGUGGAUGAAGUUACUUUUUUCACCAGCCCCAGCAAAGUGCUCUUAAGAGACUGACCAUAGUGGAAGAAAACGCCUUCACCAUGGAUUUAAACAAGUGCAGAUGUCAACAUCUUUAUAUAAAUAAACUUCAUGCAGCCUUUUAUCUGUA